UGUUGUCUUUCUCAAUGGGUUUUGGGAUACGAGGAUGUGCCCCAAAUGUAAUCAGUUUUCCUUUGUAUUCUAUUAUGAGUCCAUCAUCCAUGAAUUUAUCCAAACCCUCUAAAAACCAGCCCUUUGUAGCACCUCUUCAAAUGGUGACGUUCAGUAACUGUGCUGCGCUCUCUGUAAGGGAGGACGAGCAAUAUCAUGGAAAUCCAGAGAGGAACGAAGUUUCAGGAAAAAGAGUCAAGAAAGGCAGAAAUGACGAAUUAUUAAUUACAGCCAGAAUGGAUCAGAAUUAUGUUGAAAAGAGACUUUCAACAGUUUCACCUGAUGAAGAAAGAAGAGAAGAAAAUAAAGUAAACCAAGAAAUUUCUCGAGAAUCAACUCCUUCCCCAAAAUUGGACAGAUUCAAACUAGCAAGACAUUUAACUGAAAAAGCAAUCAAGGACAAGAAGAUAUUUUCCAUCUAUGGACACUACCCGGUAAUCCGCAAUACUCUACGAAGGAAAGGAUGGGUGGAGAAGAAAUUCAACUUUUUAUCAAAGAUGGCGUCAAAUGGUGAAGAUGAAUGUGAAGAAAACAAAUAUGUUGAAGUUGAAGAAGAUAAUGAGAUGAUCUUUCAGAAGUCCAAUAACAUUCAUGAUGUGAUGUCUAGGUUGGUAAAAACAGAAAUUCCUUACUUUCUUUGGACUAUAAAGAGGGACGUGGUCGACUACCACAAUUUAAGUUGUGAUCAGAUGUUGAAUCACUAUGGAAAAACAGCUUCCUUUACCACCAAGAUUGGAUUGUGCAUGAACAUGCGAAAUCUGCCCUGGUAUGUCCCAGCUAAUCCUCAUUCCUUCUUCCCUCGUUGUUAUGGUCUCUGCUCCGAUGGGGAGAAACAGGAGUUUCUGGACGACUUCCGGCGGACAGCUGCGUCUAGCAUCCUGAAAUGGGUGGUCAGUCACCACAAUUAUAGUAAGAACAGAUCCAGGGCCAAAAAAGAAGAGAAUGAUGAAGAGAUGAGCCGAAAUAAAGAUCAAGCUAAUGCUGAAGAAAAGAAGCUCAUCGACCUCCCAGGACAGCUCAUAGAGGUGGCUUGCAAGGUGUGUGAGAACUACCUUGGACAGUUGGAGCACGAUGACAUCGACCUCUCCGCAGAGUCCCUGAACACACUCUCUGACACCGAGUGGAAGGAGCUGAUCCAGCAGUACUACAACCUCAUGCAUGGCGAUGCUUGUAUUCCCAGUUCAAAGAGUUACUUUUCCCAAUGUCAGAGUAUUCUGAAUAAAAUCAUGUCGGUGAACCCCCAGUCUGAAAUCGAUGGCAUGAGGAACAUCUGGAUCUUAAAGCCAGGCGCCAAAUCUCGAGGCAGAGACAUCAUAUGUAUGGACAGAGUGGAAGAAAUUAUGAAGCUUGUGACAUCGGAUAAUAUUCCUUCCAAGGAUAACAAGUGGGUGGUCCAAAAGUAUAUUGAGACACCCCUGCUGAUUUAUGACACCAAGUUUGACAUUAGACAGUGGUUCCUUGUCACGGAUUGGAAUCCUCUGACCAUUUGGUUCUACAAAGAAAGUUACCUGAGGUUCUCAACUCAGCGGUUCUCCUUAGACAGUUUGGACAGUGCUAUUCAUCUUUGCAAUAACUCCAUCCAGAAGCACUUUAAGAACGCCAAGGACCGCAGCCCUCUGCUCCCCUGCUACAACAUGUGGACCAGCACCAAGUUCCAGGAGUACUUGCAGAAGCGGGGCCGUGGCCACGUCUGGCACAACAUCAUCUACCCAUCCAUGAAGAAGGCCAUCACCCACACCAUGAAGGUGGCCCAGGACCAUGUGGAGGCCCGCAAGAACAGCUUCGAGCUCUAUGGUGCCGACUUCAUCCUUGGCAAGGAUUUUAAGCCAUGGCUCAUCGAGAUUAACUCCAGCCCCACCAUGUUCCCAUCCACGCCUGUCACAGCACAGCUUUGUGCCCAAGUACAAGAAGACACCAUUAAGGUUGUUGUUGAUAGAAAAACUGACCGGAACUGUGAUAUUGGCAACUUUGAACUCCUGUGGAGACAACCUGCUGUGGAACUACCCCCAUUCAGUGGCUCUAACCUCUUUGUGGAAGGCUUCAGCAUUCAGAAAGGAAGGAGACAUAUGACUCCUGUUGCCAACGUCAGCCUUGGGAGCCCCCUGCCAGCCGGACACAUGCUGCGAAGCAGAUGCUUCAGCUCCCAACAGGACCAGCUGUCCGAGCAGACAACAUCUCCCAAGCAGGACGUGAAAACAAGAGAAGACAAGGGACCUCCCUGCAUCUUACCAAUGCCUUUGAAAAGAGGGUCGGGGAGAGCGUACAAGAUAAACUCGGUCUACACAAAGGCCCUCAGCAAUAUGGAAUUUCCCUCUUUUGCGAUUCGGCACCUAGAAAAUAUUUCCCAUAAAGCUGCGUUUCCCAGAGCUAAGGCAACAAAGCUGGCAGACCCCAAUAUAUUAAGUACGGCCUCCAUCGCCUCUGUGCUGCAGAGCAUCCGGUCCUUGGAGAACCCUGUGUUCCAGCCACCCAAAGGCUCAGGCUUGCCAAGCAGUGUCCAAGCCCCUUGCCUCAUUUGCAAAGGAACGUUCCAGAUGGAAAAGACCUGCAAACGCUGCAGCUCGUUCUGUGCCACGAUCUUACAAGGAAGCUCCUAUGUCCCUCUGAAUGGUCAGAAUGGCUCAUCCAAGAGAAUGGUGGGCAGCUUGUGGAACCUCUGAAACACCCACUUUCCCUAGAAGAUUUAUAGCAACCUAAAUGGAU